GUUUUAUUUUUUGGAUGUAUCGUUUUGUUUUAUUUUAAUAGUUGUGCACAAACUUAACAUUUAAACCAAAUAAUAAAAGAGCAGGCGAUUUAUUAACUAAAACUAAUGCCUUUUGGAAAUGCUGUCAACAUCAUCAUGAACGAAUAUUUUGCAUGAUAAGAAUCAAAAUGAGCAACAAUAAUUUUGAAAGCGAUGGACCUGGUGAUGAGGAAUCUAGUUCCAGUGAAGAUCAGCCUCGGAUGCGACGCCAGCAGUGGCAAAGAAUCAUUUCACAGAAUGCCGAAUCCAAUUCCAAUGAUGAUGAAAUAUUAACAGAUAACGAAGCUGAGAUCCUCGAUGACCAAUUGCAACCCAUGUUGGUGGACCAGCUUCCUGUGGAGGGACAAAGAGAAGAACAACAAGAACAAGAAUUGGCAGAACAACAGGAUGAAGAACUAGCAGAAGAACAAGUAGAGGAACAAAGAGACGGAGAAGAGCAAAUAGAAGGACGACCUGAGAUAGAGGAAGAGGAGGAGGCGGAGAAUAUUGAAGAGCAAGCCAUCCCAGUCACCUUCAGCCCACCGACCACAUCGCGCCAGAUUGGUCAAGAUUCGAAUGUUAUUGACUUGAAUACUCCAUCGCCGACUAGAAAAAGAAAACGCCUAUCUAAAUCAUGUGAAAAUUCACCAACAUUGAAUUCGCAGAAAUCUCAAGCCACAGGGGCUGGUCCCAUUGAUGAUGAUGAAGAUGAUGGAUUGACAUGCCCCAUCUGUUUGGACUCGUGGGAAAUGAAUGGCGAGCAUCGAUUGGUUUCCCUCAAGUGUGGUCAUCUGUAUGGGGAGUCAUGUAUACGCCGCUGGCUGAGCGAAAGUCAACGACAGUCCUCGGUCAAAGUGUGUCCCCAGUGCAAGUCUAAAGCCGGUUUUCAGGACAUCAGACAUCUGUAUGCUAAGCGUGUGCAGGUCAUAGACACGGGUCUGCGUGAAGAACUAGAGGUCGAGCGUCGAAAGACUCUUUCGUUGACAUCCGAGUUGGCAACAGUGAAGCUUAGCCACACCAUGGCCACAAAGAGACUAUCAUCUCUGCAGCUGGACUACGAUCGUCUAAGGGAAUUGGUGCGUGCUGGUGGUGUUAUGGGUUGCCGCGGCGCAUUCUCAACGGAUUCCGAUUCAAAGAGCAUCCGAUCUCUGGCCAAUUAUCGCUUGUAUAUGGAAAAGAAUUUAGAAAUUUGCCGUGAGGCUGGUUGCCGAGUGCUGCUCUACUCUCAACCACAUUCCAUGCUGAUAGCAUCCCAGAAAUCAGCCCAGAAUCUAUUUCCUGGCUUUGGUGUACGCUUCAUAGAUCCGCCCACCUUUAAGCCAAUGCAUUUUAUGCAUACAUCAUCCCAGAUAAUCCGAGAUAUGGCAUUCAGUGAGAGCCAACAUAUGAUGACUGUGGCCAGUCGGGAGCGUAAGAUUAAAUUGUUUGAUGUCAGAUCUCGCUUGUGCUCUUCGAUGUUUGAAGCUCAUAAUAAGCAACUUUGGUCAUGCGCCCUGGAUCGAAAUGAACGGGAGCACUUUAUCUAUGCUGGUGAUCAUAGGGGUGGCAUCUAUAUCUAUGAUCUACGUUUUCCUGCCAACAUACUCAGCGAGUUCCAGGCAGACGAAAACUUUAGUCCUGUGAUACACAUUGCUGCAGUGCCAAGUGGCAAAACUUUUACCAGCGGAGGAUUUUUGGUCUGCCAAUUGACCGCAUUGACUUUCUAUGAAUAUGCCCAAGCUGCGGAGGCAGCUAUACCCACUCGUUUGAAUAUCGAUGGACCGUUCCUAUCAAUGCAUUAUGAUGCCAUACAGGAUCUUUUACUCAUAUGCGUACGUUCCAAUUUGAAUUGUCCGCAAUCACGUUACAUUUUGGCCAAAUUGGGUAAAGUUGAUAAUACGCCAGUAAUUAUAAUAAAGACAUCGGUCUAUGGGUCUAAAGCGACCCCAGUUAUGACACGUCCCGCCCAGAUGGCUGUUGAGAAUAAUACUCUUAUCGCUGGAUAUCUACAGGAUAAGAAACAGCUAAUAUUGCAUGAUGUUCGACGUGAGGAGCGUGUCCAAACUAUGGCAGUCAAUGAGAUAGUCUAUGACAUCUGCCCAUUGGUAACUAGUCAAUCUGAUCACUAUUUGGCUGCACUCACGGAUAAUAAAUGUCGAAUUUAUAAAGUAAACAGUUCAAGCUAGUACAGAGUAGAUUAACAUACAUACAUACAUAUAUAAUUUUUGUUUAACCUUUAUAAAUAUUUGAAGUUAAAAAUUAUUUUCUGUGAAAAUGAAGCCUCAAGAAGAGUCAGGGUCUCGACAAAUUCCAAAAUAUUUAUAUUCCUUUUAGUAAUAAUUUGACUUUUUCUAUGUAACAAGAAUUGCUAUUAUGUAAUCUUGCGAUCCCUUAUGGUACUUUAAAGUAUAUGUUUUUUUAUAACGCUUUUUUUCUUCUUUGUUUAUUGCAUUCAUGGCAUUUUGAAUGAAAUCCGAUUAGUUUAAUAAACAACUUUGAUACUAAGUUUCACACACACACACACAUACACAUACAUAUAUAGAAUAAAUAAACAAUUAUUGUCCAUGUUGUCUAUAAAAUACA